AUGGCGACUCAGGCCUGUAAUCCCACCACUCUCGGAGACAAAAUGAUUACAAAACGCGAUUCCCCACUGACCCAACCCUCCCCUAUCAGCCGCGCGGCCCCGCACCGGAGGGACCAAGGGGGCGAGGCCUGGAGCCGCACUGCGGGUCCCGGCACUGGUCUGGCCUGGGGCGCUCGCGGCCUGCGACCCCAGCGCAUCCUCUUCGGGCUACGCUCUCCAACCUCAGGGGCGACUCGGGACCCGCCCGACUACGCACAGCCCUACCAAUCCCUGCCACGCCGGUCCAGUCCAACCGCGGCCCGCAGGUCCUUUCCGCCCAGCCCGGCCUUAGCGCUGCCCAGGCCCUGCCUAACCCCAGCCCAAGUCUCGCUGGCCCUCUCUGAUCCCAGGGCUGCUCUGUCCUCCCUGACUCCAACCCCAGCCGCAACCUCCCCCAAGCCCUGCGCGGCCCCAGCCUGGCCUCGGUCUUCGCUGGCCCGGCCUGGCCCAGCCCUGCCAGCCGCGGGCCGUGUCCCUCCAGGAAGAUGGCGGCUCGCACCGCCCGCCCCGCCCGACCGGCCGCCCGCGGGCUCCUCGCCGCAGCCCCGGUGCCCGGCGACCGCGCAACACGCGGGGACGGCCGAGGAGGGAGACGGCAGGAAGAGGCGGCGCGGCCGGGCCGGGCCGGAGACAGGUAAGAAGGGCGGACGUAGGCUGGUGGCGGCGACGGUGGAUUCUUCCCUUUUCGGGAGGAAUAUGUCUCAAUGUCCAGACCCUGGUUCCCCAACGCUCCUUCCCGUUCGCAUGAGAACACACAGCUCCCACUUCCGGGGCCCAGAGGAAGUCCCGCCCUCGCUCGUCCCCGCGCGCCCCCGCGCCCUAAUCCGGCGCACUUACCCGCUGGGCCAGCCGACCGGCGCUCGACGCCCGGGAGAGACUCACCGCGCCCCUCUCGCGGCAUGUGUGUUUGGCGCAUGCGCUUGCUCGCACACCGCCCGCCCCGCACCGCCCUGCCCCGCACCGCCCCGCUUCGCGCACACCUCCUUUCCCCGCCCACACCGCGAACGCCGAACCCUGGGACCUCGCACGCUGUACACCCCGCCUCACGCCGGCGUAAGCCCCGCCCGCCCAGUAGUCACGCCUCGCCGUCCUGUAGCUGCUCCAGAUAGCUGCGGGGACCGGCGAUAUCCUCGUGAUGGCAACUUUUGCCCCUGCCCCGCCGCCCUGGGACCUACCCCCCACUUGCUCCGUGCCACUGCCGAGAGGGCGACCCUUCCCUACCCGCCCCCCUCCCCCACCUCGGCUCAGGACAGUCGCCGGCCGAAGCUUCCUCAGACUGUGACCCUUUCCCCUGGUCUGCCCUCCGGACCUGGGCUCCUGCCCCUCCUGCGUCCCCCGGGACCGCAAGCCCUGCGGAGUUGGCGCCCCCAGCCCAAGCCCCUGCCUCAGACCCCUGAGCCUUUCGACAGUGACCUCGCCCUCGCCCUCGGGUUCCCUCUGCCGUCGCCCUUCCCCAAGGACCUGAGUCGAGACAGCGGAUCUAGGCUGGGGUUACACUGGGAUUUGGGGGUUCCUGUUGAAGCAGUUCGAGGUUCUCUCAGCUGCUCCGUAGCAGGGUCCGUAAAAUUCUGUUUUAAGUGUGGAUAAUGAAGACGCAGCAGUAGCAAAUUAUUUUCCAACAUUUUACCAAUCCCUAUCCUGAUCAGUUUGAUAGGAAGAAGAUAAAAGUAUUUUCCAUUUUUUUUCAGCCUGCUGCCUAGUUUCCUGUAUUUCCGGUCUAAUUAUUGCAAAUUUUGUGAUUUCCUUCUAGUAAAAAGUCUUUUCUGAGUCUCUGUA